AUGGAACCCGAUAUAUCCAAGAUUAUUCCAUGCGCAUCUUCAAUUUGGUCAUAUUAUACUUUAUUUACUCUAAAUAGUGUCUCUCCUCUUACUCUCAUCGUCCCUGAAACAAUCAUAGUUGGUUUUGGAUUUUCUUCUAUAACAUAUAUGCAUAAUCGUAGUGAUGGAUCGUUAUGUUUUGAAGAAAUAUCGAAUGAAGCAACGAUUAAACGGAUCAUAAAGAACUGAGACCAACCAAAGAGCAACGGUCAAGCUUUUGCAAUAGUAAAAUAUCUAGAAAAUACAGUUGCCAAAAUAUUACCUUUAACUCCAGACCUGUCUUCCCUUGAUGAACCAAUUUUUUUACAAAAUAGAAAUAAAAUAAUUCAAGAAAAUAUUCAUUUCCGAAAUAGUUCAGAAAACCAAAAAAUUAAAGUUAAAUGAAAACGAAAACAACACUCCUUUGAAUUUAAGAUUAAUAGUCCAUUAAAUGAUUUUUUAGCUGAGAGAGCACCUAAUUCCUACUCACAAAGAACUUUAGCUACAACAAGAAGAUCAUCUUCGAGCUCAAGUAUUGCAUUAAGAAAUGAUUGAAUAAGAAAAUCAUAUAAAGAUUAUCUAAAAAAUUUGUCAUCAUAUAUCAUAAGCAAUCUUUACACGCUCAUGAAAAAGUAUUAUAAAGAAAAGCUAACUCCCUCCGCCUCCAUGAGCGAACAAAUCAUUAGAAAAGUCCAUAUUUUUUGCCAAAAACCGACCCUCCGUGAGCGAACAAAAAUUUUUUUAAUGGAAAAAUUUGAUAUAUAGGCGAUAAUUAGUAUAAUGAAAUCUCUAGCUAAUUCUGUUUAAUUUUAAACAAACCGCGUUUUAAAACAUAAGUUUUUCAAAUUAAAUUAAUAUUUGCUUUCCAAUUUUGCGAAGUGGGAUUUUUUUAAAUUUCGAAAAAAAAAAAAUUCUAUAAAAUUAUAUAUAUAAAUUUUUUUAAAAAAUUAACCCCCUCCGUGAACGAACAAGAUUUUUUGUUCGCUCACGAAGGGCGGGGAGUAAGCAUGAUAGAAAUUAAUUAUGAACAAGGAAGCAAUGGAGAUUGAUUUUUUGUGGAUUUUGGAAAAAAAUCACAUAAAAGAUUGAAAGGAAAAAUAAAAUUAAUAGAUCCUCUAUAUAAUACUCCAUGCUUGUUUGUUGAGAAAAAAAUUGUAAUAAAAGAAGUUGAAUCCAGACCACUUCUUGAUGAAUUGAAAAAAUUGGAAGAAAAGAUGAAAGAAAUUAUCAAAAAAAGGAUUGAUGAAGACACAAAUAAGGCAUCGUGCUAUUCAGGAUUUAUAAUGAAUUUGAAAAGAAGAAACUCAGCAGAUCAAAAAGCUGAAAAUGAAAAGUUAGGCUAUAAAAAUCGUUUGCGUUUUCCUACUAAUGUUGACAGAGAGCUAACACGAGUUGCAAAUUUAUUGGAUAAAUAUAGAGAUAAUACAAAGAGUAGAAAAUCAAGUGUUUAG